UUAGAGAAACAAUGUUUAUAUAUUUCACAACGCCAUUUUAGACUAUUUUAAGCACUAAGAAAGUGUCAGUUUGUUUUAAGGAGAUUAAGACAGAACAAAACUACAAAGGAAACAGAAUGGGUAGAGAAAUUGGUGCUUGUGGAAGGCUCGGACAAGUCGUCCUCGUUAUUGUUAAUAUUAUCUUUGGUCUUCUGGGAUUGGCUAUUUUAGUGUCAGGAGCACUUUUGAAGUUUAAAGAAAAUUUGGUAAAUGGUUAUGUGAGUGAUUUCCUCAGACAGAUUCAGUUGCAGCAUCUAGAAACAGACUUGGUUUCUGUGAUAUCUACAGUUGCCAUAAUAUGUAUCUGUGUUGGAGUGUUUGUUUUCUUACUGUCCAUGUUUGGUUGUUGUGGGGCAUGCUGUCAGCAAAAGAUUCUUCUUACAAGUUAUUCCAUUGUGGUACUGAUCAUUCUAGGAGCACAGAUAGCAGCCGUUGUUUUAACAUUCCAGUACAAAGAUGAGUGGCAGGGAUCUGUGAAAUCUGAGAUGAAAACUGUGAUAAAAGAUAAAUAUAAUGGUGAUAAUGGAACCGAUAUUAUUUCAAUGGGAAUUAAUGCAGCUUUCAUGGAGUUUGAUUGCUGUGGAGUUGAUAACUAUAAGGAUGUAGAGCUAGCUCCAGGCUGGAUUAGAACCUAUACCAUUGACAAUAAACAGGUGACAUUCAAGGCCCCCUAUUUCUGCUGUAAGAAUGUUGGCACAGAAACACCAGUGGUUGAUUCUGGACUGUUUACAUCAGUCAAUCAAACAAGAUGUGCUACAGAUCCAACACCAGAAAAUUCAAACUUCAAGAUGGGCUGUUUUAAUGCUUUGGAGGACAUUGUUAUGAGAUACAACGCCAUCUAUAUUGGAGUGGGAAUAGCUCUUAUGCUGUUGGAGAUAUUCUGUGUCAUCUUUGCCUGCUUCAUUUGUUGUAAAGGAAAAGAACCAAGAGGAAAAUAUGUUUAAAGGAGAACUUUGUAUUCCUGAAAUUUUAUAUGAUGAAUAACUCAAGAAAUGUAGUCUAGAUCAUUCCAGAAUUUUUUUAUUACAAGGUUUUCAGAAAUUUAUACAUUUGGUACACAGCCAUUUUAUUAUUCAAAUGGUUCUUUACAAUUUCUUGGAAUCCAAAAUUUGGAUAGACACUUAUGUUUUGAAAUAGAAAAAAUAAGUUGAUACUAGAGCAUUCAGUAAAAUUUUAGGGUUUAGGGAAAUCAGUAAAUUAUAAAAAAAAGGAAUGAUUUGCAUUAGGGUUAAAUUUCAAGAUUGCUAGCUCCCUACCUGGUUGCUAGGCUUUAUUUUGCAUUAUUAUUGUCUCUGAUUCAAUUAAACAUCAAAUGGUGGAAUUUAAAGCUUUUAUAUUAAUGAUGAUUUUUAGAGGAAAAAAGUGAAAGCACAAGUAUACUGGCCUUGUCAAAUUAUUAAUUAUUGACUGGCAUUUUUUAUAAAAGGCAUUAAUCAGUUCUCUUGAUAAAAUUUAAUGUUAAAGACCAAAUUCUGUUUUUAUUAUAAAAUAUAAUUGUCUCCUGUGAAAAGCAUUUGUUUCAAUUAUUAUCUAUAUAAAAAAAUGUCAAAGUGUAGACAGGGGAUGAUGUCCUAUAUAUAUGCUUGUAUAUAUCUGUUUUCCUUUCUUAAACAAACAACAAACCAUUUAAUACCAGUAAUGUAUGUUAACCCAUUAUCACAAUUAUGAUUUAUCAACUCAUAAAUUUUGUUAUAUGUUAAAGACCAAUUUUCAUAGAUU